AUGAGCUCUCCACCCUUGCGCCAAGCUCGGCGCAGUAGUAAUCAAGCAUUUGAACAAUCAGGAUCGCGCUCAAGGAGACCGAGCGCUGGGGGCGGCCAAAUAGGCAUUCCUAUGGCGAACUCGAGGAUCGCCCAAAGUCGUAUCGCUAAUACCCAACCGACUUACGACUUUCUCGCGGGCAACUCUGUAGUUGCGCCCUCAGUGUCUGGGCAGCGGGAGCCAUUGGGGCAGAGCUUCAGACAGUCCCAAGCCGCCAAGCCAGAUAUCGGCAACGAGGAUCUAAGAGCGCAGGUCAAGACGCUGCAGUAUGAGUUAGAGUCGUUCAAGCAGGAGAGGGAGCUCUCGAAAUUGAGACAUGAUAAGGAGCUGAGAGAUGUACAACUCAAGGCUGAGGAGGUGUUCAGAAAGGCACAGGCAGAGGAAAGCAGUAGACACGUGCCCAACUACAAAUACGACGCCCUGAAGCGCGAGCUGAAGGACUUCCAAGACCAAGCCAUCAAUCAGCAGAACGCGCUCGAGAAGAGGCUGCGGACGGCGCAGGAAGAGGGUCGGGCAGCGAAAGAAGAAUCUGAGGAGGUGCAGACAGAGUUCGAAGGUCUGAGUCGCCAGCAUAAGCAUCAAUUGCAGGAAAUCGAGUCGAAGCAUUCCACGUUGCAGAAGACAUUGAGCGCUCUACGGGAUGACUUGGCGAAUAAAGACUCGGCUCUACAUACGACACAAGAGAGGCUCUCCCAGCGAGAGACUGAGACUGGACAGCUCGAGAGCGAGAUCCUGAGGCUCAAAGCGCAGACUGGUGAUGCGGAUACUUUGGCUGUUAUCAAAAGGGAGCUUUCCGAGCAGGUAAUGCAUAUCAGGAAGUUGGAAUCUACGAAUCGAGAGCAAAAUGCUGAGUUGAAGCAUUUCCGCCGUGUCCACAAAGCCGUUGAAGUUGUGGAGGAAGAGAAGAGAGCGUUGGAGAACAGAGUCAGUCUGAUGAGCGACAUUGAGAAGAAGCUCAGGGAAGCACAGCUCCAGCGGCAGAUACUCGAGGAUGAACGACGCUCAUGGACGUCGUAUCUUGAGAACGAAGGUGGGACUGGCAAAGUCGAAAUUGACUCACCUGAAGACAUGGCUAGAGCUCUUGUAAAGGAGCGACUGGAGAAUGCGUCGCUUUUGCAAAGGAUAGGAGCCGUACAGCCAGAGCUUUUGGAGAAGGAUGAGAUUAUCAAGAGCCUAGAGGAAGAACGCAGCAAGAUCCAUUCUGAAAUGGAGAAGCUACGCAGUAGCGGUGCAAGUGGUAAUGACAGUCGAGCAAAGACGCGUCUUGAGCGGCAGCGGGCCCUCGCAGUCAAGGAGGUUGAUCUACUCCGAGAGCAACUACGCACGUUCGACAGCGAAGAGCAGACCUAUCAUUCCGAGAAUCAGUUCGAUACCAUCAAAUCUCAACGUAUCGCGGACCUCGAAGCUCUUGUCGACCAACACCGCACCGAACUCCAAACCCUCAACACUGAGCUCUCGACUCUCGAAAAGCGCGCACCUGCUGUACCGCAAAGCCCACUCAAGCGCCCAAGAGAGGAAGAUGCAGACGAUCACCAAUUAGGCCAACUCUCACGCAAAAAUCGCAAAUUGCAAGACGCUCUUUCGAGUGCGCAAUCCACCUAUGCCCUCCUCCAAAGCGAACAUGCCGCCCUGCAAACACAACUGUCCUCUCUCCAACGAUCCGCCAAAACGCGCAUCUUAUCCCUCAGCUCAAACCCAACCGAUUCCUUCGGAACCACAAAAUUAAGCACCCUCAAAACCCUACGACAAGAAAACAAAGACCUCCUCGCCCAACUCGAGUCCCGCUAUGACGCCGCUGGCACCAAAGUCGUUCCCCAUAGUACUCUGGAAAGCCUGCGCCUAGAGAUGCAGGAGUUGGAACAGCAAGUCAAAGACAAGGAAAAGCGCAUGCUCCGCCUCAAAGAGAUCUUUGGUAAGAAAUCGCUCGAGUUCCGAGAAGCGGUGCUCAGCUUGCUGGGGUGGAAGACGGAUUUUAAACCUAACGGGAAGGUCGCGUUGUCUCUGAAUAUGGGCAAUGAUAGUGAUGAGGUCGAGGAGUGUAUUAUUUUCGAUGGGGAGAAUGGGACCAUGAAGAUUGCCGGUGGUCCGGACAGCGCUUUUGCGUUGCAGAUCAGGCCGCUGAUUAGGCAGUGGGUGGAGGGGAGGCGCUAUAUUCCUGGACUGAUGGCGGGUAUUAUACUUAGCAAGGUUGAGGAUGGGACACUUGCUAUGUGA